AUGACGGCAGGCUCCGCAGGAAAUUAUGCCGUCGCUCUAGCUUCUUUUCUCGUCUGGGUCACUCUGGUACGUUUUAACGACAUGCACCAGCCAGCCUCUAGUCAUUUCACGGAAAACGCGUUCACGAUCGACACGCGCAAAGCGCUGCACGCCAUUCGCCGCGAUCCAACAACUAUCGACCAGCAUUCACUGCGCGAAGGCGCCCUUGGGUGA